CACAACAGCACCUUCAACAUGAAAUUCGUCAUUGUUCUCGCCUUCGCCCUCUUCGCCGUGGCCGCCGCCCGCCCCAGUGAUGUGCAGAUCGUCCGCCUGGACUCCGAUGUGGGAGUUGAGAAGUACAGCUUCGCCCUGGAGACCAGCGAUGGCACCAAGAAGCAGGAGGAUGGUGUGCUGAAGAACACUGGCCACGAGGAUGAGGCCAUCGUCGUCCAUGGAUCUUACUCCUUUGUCGGCGAUGAUGGUGUCACCUACACCGUCACCUACGUUGCCGAUGAGAAUGGUUUCCAGCCCUCGGGCGCUCACUUGCCCGUGGCCCCUGCUGCCUAA